GUUAGGGUAUUUCCAGUUUCACUUUGCGAUUACCAUCUUCAUUUUUGACUAGGGACUGAAAGGUUUGGGUUUAUCCCUCUGUAAGUCCUGGGUCCGCAAAUAUGAGUGAUGAUGAAGUUAUGGAGAUUGAGGAGGAUGAGUGGGCGGGGCUUUCUAUGCCCGAGGGCCCCGAGGUUCCCGUCUCGGGGAAGUUGGCGCCAUAUCAGACAGUGAAUAAUACGGAGGGAUAUGUUUUCAAGACUGACUACGAGACCCGCCUGCGUCGGUUCCUGUGUAUUGGGACGGAUGGGGGAACCUACUACACUGGUGAAAAAGAUCUGACCAGGGAAAACGCAGAAUCCAUCGUCAGGAUGAUCAACAAUGGUAAUGGAUUGAAAGUGGUGGAGACAAUUCGAGAAUUCAGUGUGGAGAACAAAGCAUGCAAAGCAAAUCCCAUCAUGUUUGCCUUGGCAUUGAGCUGUCGUUCCAAUGACCCCACCACCAAAGAAGCAGGCUACAAGAUUCUGUCAGAUGUCUGUCGAAUUCCAACACACUUAUUCCAGUUCAUUAAGUUUUGCCAAGAAAUAAAUCCUUAUGGGAAAGGAUGGGGAAGAGCCCACCGAAAGGGAGUGUCCACUUGGUACCAAAACUACAAACAGAAGAAUGAGGGAAUUCUGAUGCUAGCCCAUCAUGUGACCAAGUACAAGGCCAGGUUUGGUUUCAGCCAUCAGGAUGUCUUCCGACUUUGUCACAUCAAGACCAUCGAUGAUGCCCUGGGGUAUUUGGUCAGCUACAUUUGUCGAGGGAAGGCUGCCACUGAGAGCCAAUGGAAAAAUAGCUGGGCAAUGAGAGACGAAGGCUUCCAACAGUCUGAGUUGAAGAAAGUCAUUGACCUUCUAAAAGUGUUUGAGGAUGCACAGAAAUGCACCAAUGAAGAACUGAUGAAGCGUAUGAUUUUGGAGCAUCACCUGGCUCGAGAGCAUGUGCCUACAGGGCUGUUGAAGUCUAAGGAAGUGUGGGGGGCUCUGAUGAGGCACAUGCCAAUGACAGCCAUGAUUCGAAAUCUUGGAAAAAUGUCCAGUCUUGGUCUUCUAGAAUCUGACAGCUUUGGGGAACAAAUCACAACUGAAAAACUUAAGAAUGAGCAACUGCUAAAAGGAGCCAGGAUCCAUCCAUUUACUGUCCUAGUGGCCAUAAAAGCAUACGCCAAGGGGAAAGGUGAGCUUGGAAAGCUUGAAUGGCCAGUAAAUCGCAGAGUUGUAGAUGCAUUGCAAGAGGCUUUUUAUCUCUCUUUUAAAUGCCUUAAGCCAACAGGCAAGCGGUUUCUAUUGGCAGUGGAUGUGAGUGGUUCCAUGAAUGUUCCAGUGAUGGGUACCCCCAUCAUAACAGCCAGAGAUGCUGCAGCAGCCAUGAUGAUGGUAACCGUCCGAACGGAACAGAACUAUGACGUGGUUGCAUUCUCUGGUGGCGGGAAUUCUUUAACCAAAUUGGCAAUUUCACCACAGGAUAACCUCACUGCAGUGUUAGAGAAAUGCUCCAGGCUGAGAUUUGCACAUACCGACUGCUCUGCCCCAAUCGUUGAUGCCAUCCAAAAUAAGAAGUUGUAUGACGUUUUUGUGGUGUACACAGAUUCAGAAACCAACUACGGCUCCGUACAUCCAUCAAAAGCACUGAAGAAUUACCGCCAUAUUUCUGGGAUAAAGGAUGCUCGCCUGAUUGUGUGUGGUAUGGCCAGUAACGGGUUUACUAUUGCUGAUCCAGAGGAUCCAUGCAUGAUGGAUAUUGUCGGAUUCGAUUCCGGUGCCCCAGUGGCCAUCCACCAAUUUGUUACUGGGACCAUUUAAAAUUUGACCAAAGAACUGGUAAAGUUUUACCAAAGUACACAGAUAAAUCAUUUUGUUGUGCAAAGAGAUUUCAUGUUAAAAUUAUUGCUCUGUAUUGGACAGUAUCUGACUUAAUGUAUUGCUAUACUUGCCUGUAUGUACAUUUGGCUAACUUCAGUUACAAAUUGUAUAAUAAUCAUAUCCUCUGGUGGUAGUUUAUACAAAGUAUUGAUAUAAUGUGCAGUUAAAAAACAAAUUAAACAUUGUAAACAUCA